CAGCCCAAAAGGCACGGAAAACGCACAUUGCUCAACGAAUUUUUAUAAUUUAAAAAGUAUUCUUCAUAAAAUGGCCGAUCAUAACGAGGAUGAAGCUGUUGGCGGUGACCUAAACAACAAUAUCACACCCAAUGGCCAGGAGGAAGUGCCGGAGCAGCCGCAGAACGAACUGCUGGACAUGGUUUUCACGUUGGAGAGCGAAAAACAGGCACUGCUUGAGGAGUCUCGCAAACGGAUCGGAGCACUCCGCAAAGACUUUGAGGAAGCCAAGGUGGAAAAUGAGCGGCUAAAGCGGCGAGUGGUCCAGUUGGAGCAGUCGCUCAAGCAAUCCGUCAUGCUGGGCGGCACAGAUGCUCCCAAAUCCCGCCAAGAGCAGGAAGAGUUGCUUCUAAAGGCCAAAACCCUACUGUUCGAGAAGACCAAGGUGAACAAGCAGCAGGAGCAGCAGAUAUCAGUGCUUAAGACACAGGUGGAUACGAUUAAGGAUGUGCUGCAGGUGACCAAGGACAUGUUGCAGCUUAAGACAGCCGAAUGUGAUCACACGCAGGCACGUCUGGAGAAGAGCCAGCAGUGGAUCAAGGCGGAGCAAGACAAGUGUGCACUCACGGAGAAGAAACUAGCCAUCUCCAAAGGAGUGUAUGACAAGCUGCGUUCGGAGUACGACACCCAGUCACAGAUAUUUAAAGAUCUUAAGUCCGCGUACGAGCAGAAGGUCAAGGUUCUCACCAACGCUUUGGCAGAAGCCAAAAAAUAGCUGAACAAUUUAAUAAACUACGUUAAUUAAAUGCGCA